CUUACCCCUCGCAGGCACGCGUUCUGUCAGUGGAGGAGAGGGCUUCAAAAUCCAGCUGUAUAGCUCAAAGUCAUUACCUUCUUGGGGAUUGUGUUCUUUUUCUUCCUUUGUAUCACUUUUUUUUCUUUGGUGUGAACCUGCAAAGGAUUUUUAAUACCUGAUUCUCAGAUCUGAUAUAUAAUGAGUGUUCUUCUGAAGAAAACCAGAAGUUUUUCCUACAUGGCUGAAGCACCUGUCUGUGAUUUAUUUUGAACGUUUCGUUCAUUUUUUUUAAUGACAGGCUGGCAGGCGACACGACUCAACACGACUCUUUUCUGUGUACUGGAAUUGUUUGAUUUUGCCAUACAAGGAUUUUUUGCAGGAAAACUGAGUGUGUAAACUCUGAGGAGGAACCAUGUGUUGGACUUAUUAUAAAUGCUAAACCUCUCUCUGCUUAGAGCAACCAGUGUCUAAGGAAUUUAAUCAAGAGAUGACCACUGUGUCGAUGGAGCCUAUAGUGGCGAUGGUGGAGAAGUUUUCCAACGUUACCGAGACCCCAGUCGAAGCUUCUACCGAAGAUAUGGCUGCCACCUUCACCAUUGGCACCAUCCUGUCGUUGAUGUGUCUGGUGGGUGUGUCUGGAAACAUCUACACGCUUGUGGUCAUGUGUCACUCAAUGCGCUCGGCCGCCUCUAUGUACAUCUACAUCAUCAACCUGGCUCUGGCAGAUCUCCUUUACCUCCUCACUAUUCCAUUUGUGGUGUGCACACAUUUCCUAAAAGGAUGGUACUUUGGCGAUGCCGGGUGUCGAAUACUCAUUAGUAUGGAUUUUCUCACCAUGCACGCCAGCAUUUUCACACUGACUGUCAUGAGCACAGAACGUUACUUUGCUGUUCUCAAACCUCUGGAUACGGUCAAACGUUCCAAAAGCUAUCGAAAGGCAAUAGCCCUGCUGGUGUGGACGGCCUCUUUGAUUCUCACCUUACCCAUGAUCAUUGGUGUCCAGCUAAUGACUGAGAGCUCCAAGCCCAUGUGCCAACCCACACUGAGCCCGCUCUCCUAUAAAAUCUACAUCUCUUUUCUCUUUGGCACCAGCAUCGUGGCUCCAGGGGUGAUAAUCGGGUACCUGUACAUACGCCUGGCACGCACCUACUGGAUCUCGCAAACUGAGACGUUCAAGCAGACCAAGAAGCUCCCAAACCAAAAGGUUCUAUAUCUGAUUUUCACCAUCGUCCUCCUCUUCUGGGCCUGCUUCCUACCUUUCUGGAUCUGGCAGCUUCUGGGUCAGUUCCAGCCCGCGUUGGCUCUCUCAACCAAGGCCAAGCGAAACAUCAACUAUCUGACCACCUGUCUGACAUACAGCAACAGUUGCAUCAAUCCGUUUCUCUACACCUUGCUUACUAAGAACUACAAGGAGUAUAUCCGGAAGAGACAGAGGACGUGGACGGCUGGUAGCUACCUCAACCGGCGAAACCGCUUCCAGCGGUCACCCCGUCGCUCCCUGUCCUCCAGCAGUCAGCAGUGCACGGAGAGCUUUGUGCUCGCACACACGUCCCGCGCAAAUAACAGCUGCCUUUGAGGGGAAGAUGACAGCCUGGCUUACAACAAAAGCAAUGCUGGCCAAGACGUCUGGUAUCUCCCUAUAUCAAGCACAAGAGGGAUAAAAGAGAAGAUGGAGCAGAUCAGGCAAGAGAAGCUACAGGAAAGUUUCUAUGAGAAACGGCCCCAUUAAGUGACCAGUGUGGGGCUGGAUGCUGCAACCCAUUGUUUAGAUUCAAUCACGGAAGAUUUUUACUGUAAGAGGAAAUGCCAACUCUCAGUUCAUCAGUUCUGUAUCAUUGCUGUGAACAUCGUAAAAUUCGAUUGCCAUCUUUUUCAAAUCAAAUUUCGAAGGUGAUAAAGAGAUAAGAGACAACUUUGAUCUCCAUUUCCCAAAGUGUCUUUGAUGGGAGUACUUUCCUUCAAAAUAACUGCAAUAGUAGCCAUUGGAAUCCAUCCGAACAUGAAUUCUUGCAAAAGAUCACAUCAAAAAAGAACGACAUAUUCUUGCGCUAAAUCUUUCACUUUUGUAUCAAUGAAGAUUCUAGCUCUACUUGAUGUUUUGGGCUAUAUUUUCACUGUAUAUCACUCUAUUAGAUUUUCUUUGAUGAUUUUCAUGGUAGGCUUCUAAGUGGCAAUGUACAGCCAAAGAAAGCCCUGCUGGAGUCAAUUUUUAUUUUUGUGAGUGCUGUAUUCCGUUUCCCGGGGCUAUCAAAUGGAUACCGUCUGAUCACGGCAGGAUUCUGUCUCCAUCCUCUUUCCCUGACUUACAGAACCUCAGGCUGAGGACCGAAGGCUUUUGUUGACCUUAUACUGACCUGAGGUCUGUGUUCUCAAGACUACAAUGCAGAAAAGCAUGGCUUUGACUUCUAAUGAGUUAUGAUCGCAGGUCAGUCAUUUAAACUUUUUGUACUGACAACUUCGUGCCCAUCAAGAUGGAAGGUCAGCACAAACACAGCGCCUACAGGAUACACACAGUUUGCACAAUAUGAGCAUCACAGACUGAUCUAUCUUCAACUUCCAAGGAAUAUUUAAUUAAUCUUCAAAGCAUAAGGGUGAAAUGGCACUCGCCGGAGUCUGUAUUUGCUUUACACAAAAGAUAAAUAGGGAAGGGAUGCUCAUUAGAAGUCUGUGUGUUGCUUUGGUAGAAUGAAUUAUGUAGAUCAGAGGAGUGAACUAUUUUCUUUUUGUACAGAGAGCAUAAAUAUACUUGAUGUCGUGUCUCCUGUUAAAUAAAGAGAGUGUUCUUAAAAAAGAUAUUGGCGGAUUGCUCGUAUAUAGUGCAUGUUAUUUAAAUUUUUACUUACAUCUAUGUUUACACAGAAGCUAAUGAAAGGUCAGCUAAUGAAAGAAUGAACAUAUCAUCGCUGUCGGGCGGAAUCUUCGCAUCUCCAAAACCAUUAUUUUUCAGGAAAUUAAAAAAACUGCAUAUUUUUUUAGUUAUUAAACAUUGUAUCGUUAAAGUUGGUAUUAGACCUUGCUAUCAUAUACUGUUGUGUACCAACAUUAACACAACAUUUCCCCAAAACCAUGUUUAAUCGGAGAUACAAGGUUUAUGACUUACGCUGUCAUUGAUAGAAUGGUACGGACACAGACGUCGCUGCUGCCAGCAGUAUUCAUCAAUGUCUGCGGUCGCGUUGAGCCUUUUGACAAGAGACGAGGCUUUAAGAGCUAAUGAUUGUGGUUGUUACAUACAUCUUCCUAAACUCUAUUUUAAACGUUAGAGCUAUGAGUGAUGCAAUACCAAAAUAAAACAUUAAACAGGCUGUCUAAUAUAGGCGGAAAUUAAUCUGCAUGCAAAUAAAGUCGGCGGUCGCGUUGAGCCUCUUGACAAGAGAAAAGGCUUCAAUAGUUAACCAAAGCUAACGACUGUGGUUACAUACAUCUUCCUAAACUCUAUUUUAAAGGUUUAAGAACUAUAAGUGAUGUAAUACAAAAAACGAUGAGCUGACUAGGCUGUCUAAUAGGCGGAAAUUAGCCGAAUCUGCUCGCAAACUUACCUUCGUGGCUCACAGGCUUCCUUCUGCACCGAAGCAUUACAGCUAUCGAUUUUUAACAAAACAGACCUACUCAAAUGUAUCUAACAUAACUAUUUUCACUCGUUAUUGUCUAAAUAACUUUCAAUCAGGAGACGUAAUGCCGAGAAGCUCCCGCGGAGUGAAGAAGUGGUGGAGUUACGAGACUUCUCAGACAGUUGAAGUGUCCAAUGGAGUUAAGAGAUUUGCUCUCAAGCUAUUUUCAACACUUAAGAUUGGUUAAUAAUUUGUAAAAAUAACAGACCCACAUGGGGACUGACCAAUAGCAUCGAUUUGUGAAAAAAUAUGAAAUUGACCAAAUUUGGACAUAGGAGGUUUCUGUCCGACAGCGACGAUAUGUUCCAUGAAAUAUAAAUAUAAAUGAUGUGUGCAUCGAUUACAUCUGAGAAUAGAGAUUUUCACUUCCUAAAACAAAAAGACUCAGUACAUAAAUCAACCAGCCUUUUACUGGAUAAGGGAAGUUCCAAAGCUGAAUUUCAUACCUCAAGAGAGAAUAAAUGUGUUCCAAAAGGACUAAAACAGUAAACUUCAUGCUGUGUAACAGUUAAUUUAUUUCUAAUGAAAACGUUCCCAUGGACAUGAUUUUGAAAAUGUAUUUCAAUGGUGUGCAAAUCAUUCAAGCUACCUGUGCAUGUAUGGCCAGAGACAGAAAACGCAACAAAGAAUGCAAAAAUAAUGCAAAUAAUGCAAUUUUUUAAAUAAAUUCUUAUUAUGCUUAUCUAUAUGCUAUCAUUGUUUUGCUAUUGUAAAAUAUAGUGAUGCGUUUUUUUAUAUUUGUCACUGUUUCAAGUCUAUAUGUAUCAUUUUAGAAUUUUCACAGUAGCUUAUUUAAAAUGCUCAUUGAUGCUUGCUGGCGAAUGUA